AUGCGAGCAUUCAUAGCGGAAGCUUUUCGUCCCAGCGAUCUGCAUCACGGUUUCACAGAAACCUUGGAGGAUGCUCUUAAUAGUUCAAUUGGUGCGCUUCUUUACAUCCAAGAAACGGGACACUUCACGCAACAGUUGGAUUUCAAACGUCGCGCCUUGUUAAGAGUGCAGGAACUGCGGGCACAUCUGGACUCACCCUUUCAUGGACAAAUGGUUUCGCGACCGUCAACGCGUCCUGGAACCGAAUGGUAA